AUGAGCAACGCUUCGAUCCUGUUUAAUCUCUCCAAAAACGAGCUCUUCAAGCUGACGGACAACUACAAGACGCUGCACCGAAAGUUGAAAGUGAAUCAUCGCGUCGAAAGCAACAAGGCCGAGAUCACGCCGGAGGUCCUGAAAACGGCCAACGUGUUCGUGUUGGCCGGGCCACAGGAAAAGUUCACCGAAUCCGAAUUCCAGCAUCUGAAGGACUACAUCAAUGAUGGGGGCCGGCUGCUGCUACUUCUCGGCGAAGGCGGCGAGGUACAGUUCAACACCAAUGUAAACUUCUUGCUGGAAGACUACGGAAUGACGAUAAAUAAUGAUGUCGUCGUUCGUCCACAGUAUUACAAGUAUUUUCACCCCAAAGAAGCGCUCAUCAGUGGCGGGAUUGGAACAUCAUCGAUGAACAAUCUGCUUCUGGAGGCCAGCAAAAGCAUCCUGUCGUCUUUCGAUUUCAUGGACGAUAAGUACAAAGUUGAGUUCGUGUAUCCGUUCGGCGCCACGAUGAACAUCAUCAGCCCAUCGAGUGUGUUGCUCACCACUGGGCCGGUAGUGUAUCCGUUCAACCGACCCCUGGCCGGAUACUUUCAGAACGAAAACAACGGAAAGCUAGUCGCCAUCGGGUCCGGACACAUGUUUCAGGAUAAGUAUAUAUCGAACGAGGUGAACACUAGCCUGUGGGACACUCUGCUCGCCAUGAUCCUGCAGGAUGAGUUCAACUUCAAGGCGUCCGACUUCAACGACUUGGAGAUAAAUGAUUACGCCGUCACACCCGAUACGAUCUAUCUGGCCGAGCAGCCGAAGAUUUGCUUAAUGGAUUCGCUCGAUUACGACAUCCCGGCGGACUUUAAGAAGCUAUUCGAUACGUCGCUUUAUUCGAUCAGCAACGAUCUGCUGCGCGAUGUUAUCAGCACGUACGAGAAGCUGGAUGUGCAAUAUGAACCGUUGAAGAUAAUCAAACCGCAGUUCGAGAUUCCAUUACCGCCGCUGCAGCUUGCGGUUUUCCAACCGAUUUUCAGCGACCUUCCGGCCCCACCGCUGGAGCUUUUCGAUCUCGACGAGGCCUUCAGCUCGGAGAAGGUCCAAAUCGCGCAGCUGACGAACAAGUGCCUUUCGCCGGCACUGGAAGGCCAGUCACCGAUCGACGAGAAGGAACUGGGAUACUUCAUUCAGGAGUGUGGCCGCAUUCUAAAAGUGUGCCAGGAUGAGCAAAAGAUGUCGGCGAAGGAAAUCUUGAACUCAAUCAGUGUGAAAGUAGCACAUUACAAAAAGUUGGACAAGGACUGA